UUUCGUGGUAUGUAACUGUGUGUGUGUGUGUGUGUUAAAACGUCUCCGACUGAACACGUGACGCCUUUUCCGCUUCCCGCAGAAUUUCACUCUGAGAAAGGGGGAAAAAAACCUCUCCGCACUGUGGCGAGGAAACUGAGAAAAAAAUCUCCCUCCAACGCACUCCCAACUUUUUCCUGCCUUUGUGCAAAGAAGCUCGGCUACAGUGAGACUCCUCGAGGCGGACAGCCACGCCGGUGUGCACAUUCGAGUUUAGUUUCGGUCAGAUUAUUAGCACAUCAGCAUCAUCAUCAUCAGCCGUAACAUCAUCGUCAGUACCAACAUCAUCAUCAUCGUCGUCAGCAGUAACAUCAUCGUCGUCGUCGGUAGCAGCGUCUACAUUAACUUCGUUACCAUCAGCAGCAGCAGUAGUAGGGAUCUACAUCAUCUUCAGCAGCAUCAUCAUCAUCAUCCAGUAUCAGCAGCAGCAUCAGCAACAUUAUCGUUAUCAUCACCAUCACCGAAUUAGCCGCCUUCAUUGAUUUUUCUCAUCAUCCUCUUUUAAGUUUCUUUAUCAUCAUCGGAAUCGCCAACAUCAUCAUCAUCGUCAUCCGAUAGAGCAACAUUACCGUCGUAGUUAUCAUCAUCAGCAUCACCGCGACCUCUUCACUCCUCAUUAAACCACCUCGUCAAUAAUUCAUUGAGGAUUACUCACGGCACCUCAUCAUCAUCAUCACCCCCCCCCUCAGCAUCAACCAUCACCGCCACCACAGCCGCCUGGAGCUCACCGUCAGGUGAGUCUCUGAUGGUGACCACCACGACGACCACCACGAGGUGGUGUAGGAUGAUGACGAAGACGAUGUCCACGUCUCUGCACGCAUCGUCGUUCGCCGCGAGGCAGACGAAGAGGGGAAUUGCCGCGAGCGGUCGUGACCACGACACUACCUCCUCCUCCUCCUCCCACUCAUCAUCAUCGUCGUCGUCGUCGUCAACCUCGUCCACCCUGGCCGCCCCCCUCCUCCUCCUCCUCGCCGUCGUCGUCUUGGUGGCGGUGGCGCCAGGAGUCGUCUCGGGCUACAGCCUGGACGCUGACAGAGCCCUCCUCUACUUCCGUCCCAACUCCUCGUUCUUCGGAUACUCCGUGCUGCCUCACGUCUACCAGCACGAGCGAUGGGUGCUGGUGGGGGCCCCCCAAUCCCGCUCCCCCCUGUACCCCAACACGAAGAGGCCGGGCUCCCUGUUCCGCUGCCCCGUGCGCAGGAACCCCACGUGCAGCUGCAGCGAGGUCCCCUUGGACAUGACUCAGCAAAACCAGACGUGUGGGAAAUACUGCCGAGCGGACCUGGAGGACCAGUGGCUCGGCGUGAGCCUCAAGCGACAGCCGGGCAGCGAUGGGAAAAUCCUGGUGUGUGCCCACCGCUGGAAGAACGUGCACUACCGCAAGACGAUCUACCCGUACGGGGUGUGCCUGCUCAUCCCCGCCAGCCUGGUCGCCCGGCAGGGCACCAAGCAGCUCAGGCCGUGCCACAAGAACAAACACCGCAACUAUGGCGAGGAACACGGCUCGUGUCAGGCAGGGAUGAGUGCCGCCAUUACACAGGACGCGGUGGUGAUGGGCGCCCCCGGCUCGUUCUACUGGACGGGCACGGUGGUGGUGUGGAACGCCACGGAGAACCGCCUCCACUACCACGCCGAGCCCUGGCACGUGGGGCCUGGCAGCUACCUGGGUUACUCCGUGGAGACGGGGAACUUUGUGACCCCGGGAAGCACGGAGAUCGCGGGGGGAGCGCCGCAGCACUCGAGUGUGGGCAAGGUGUUCCUGUUCAAGGUCGACAAUGGCAAGUUGAUUCCGUUCUUCGAAGCGUCGGGAAAGAAGCUGGGCUCGUACUUUGGCGCGUCGCUCUGCGUGGGCGACGUGAACGGCGACUCCCUCUCGGACCUCCUGGUGGGGGCGCCCUUCCACAGCGACGUGCGCGACGAGGGCCGCGUCUUCCUCUUCCUCAGCCGCGGGGGGGGUGCGAUGCUGGAGAUGCCCACGCCGCUGCAGGGAGACAACGCCUACAACGCUCGCUUCGGGGAGGCGAUGGUGAACCUGGGGGACCUGGACCACGACCACUACCCCGAGUUUGCGAUCGGAGCGCCUUACGAGGAUGACAACGGCGGGGCGGUGUACGUGUACCACGGGAGCGCGCACGGCAUCGCCGCCAAGUACUCACAGAGGAUCAGCGGUCGAGGCAUCCACCCCUCCCUGCGGAUGUUCGGCCAGUCCCUGGCAGGUGGACUCGACCUGGAUGACAAUGGCUUCGCAGACCUCACGGUCGGAGCCUAUGGUUCAAAUGCAGCCGUGCUGAUCAGGGCUCGUCCCGUGGUGGACGUCUCGGCCUCCGUGGUGCUGCCGCGAGGGAUCAACGUGACGGGCCCGGGGUGCGGCCGUGGGGGCCGUGGGGCCCACUGCUUCCCGGCCUCCGUCUGCUUCUCCUACUCGGGGCCCGGCCUCGCUCACAGCCUCGACAUGCGGUACGAGCUGAUCGCCGACUCGGUGAAGCAGCACUCGGGGCUCCCCGUGCGGCUCUCGCUGGAGAGCGCCGAGGGAGCGAGCUCCGUGCCAGGCUCGGUGCGCCUCGCCAUCCACGAGCAGCGCUGCCUGCAGCACGUGGCCUACGUGAAGGGGAAGGUGAACGAUGUAGUUGCGCCCUUGGUGUUCGAAGUCCGCUACUCGCUGGCGCACGGGGAAACGGCGGAAGACGAGCCGAGCGGCGCCAGCCGGAGGAGGAGGAGCGACUCCCCCGGGGGUGGCAACAACACCGGCAGCGACGGUGCCGGCGAUGGCGGUGGUGGUGGUGGUGGUGACGAUGAUGACGAUGACCUCCCCGCGCUGCGACCUGUCAUCAGAUGGAGGGAGCGACACAGGGAUUCGGCGAGAAGUGCGACAAAGUUUGAGAGGAACUGCCACACCGACGUGUGCCCGGCGGACCUCCGAGUGAACGGGACCCUGGUGCUGCCCAGGCCGCUGUCUGACCGCCCCUACCUGGUGGUGGGCGAGGUGCGCUCGCUGCGCGUCAACCUGAGCCUGGCCAACGUGGGGGAGGACGCCUUCGACCCCACGCUGCACCUCCACUUCCACCCGCGUCUCUUCCUCGUCAACGCCUGGGACACGGAGGAGGAGAAGGCGCUGAGCUGUGAGGUGCUGGAGGGGACUUUGCUGCAGUGCAGCGUGGGGUUCCCCUUCCUCAAGUCUCACACCAAGCGCGAGGUGAGCGUGCUGUUCGACAGCAGCCAGCUGAGCGGCGAGGACGAUCUGCUCGAGUUCAGCGCUCAGAUCACCAGUCAGAACAUCGAGCACAACGAGACCCUGGGCGACAACCACGAGCUGCUGUCCAUCCCCCUCCGCUACGAGGUGGACACCACCCUGCACGGCUCGGUGUCUCAGACGUCGAUCCUGUACGGGGGCGACGCGUCGGACCGCGAGGCCGUCGCUCUGCCCGGCCAGCCGUGCCACUUCCAGUGGCUCAACUUCACAUUCCAGGCAUUGAACCUGGGCCCCAGUCGGGCCCCUGGGGCCUUUCUCGAGGUGCUCAUCCCGUCUCGCCUGCACCCCGAGGGGCCGCACGCCCUGCAGCUGCACGAGGUGCAGGUGUCCCCGGGGGGUGGGGGGGGGUCGUGCUCCGCCCCGGCGCUGGGGGCCGAGUGCGUGUCGCCCGAGCACAGUGGCGAGAGCGUCUACCAGCUGUUCAGCUUCUUCAGCAAGAGUGGCCGCACGGUGCUGGACUGCGCGUCGUGGCCGGAGGGCUGCGUGUCGGUGCGCUGCGAGCUGGGACCCUUCGCCCCGGGGGAGACGCCCAGUGUCAGCGUCAAGGCGCUGCUCAACACCGACAUCCUGCAGCAGGAGAGCUCCUCGGUGAUCCAGUUCUCGGCGCGUGCCGAACUCCGCGUGCCGCACUCGGACCGAGUGGUGGAGCUCUCCACCGGCGCGCCGGGGACCAUCGCGGUGGUGUUCGAGGCUCUUCACGACCUCAGACCCCGUGGCUUCAUCGCCGUCUGGAUCAUCGCCAUCAGCCUCAUCAUCGGCCUCCUCAUCCUCAUCCUCCUCAUCGUGCUGCUCUGGAAGCUGGGAUUCUUCAAGCGGAACCUCAAGGAGGAGCUGGAGAUGCAGCGAGCUCGCAAGAAGAGCUGGGACUGGGUCAAGAUGGCCGAGUAGAUCUCGAUGAUAAGGUGGUGGUGGUGGGGAUGG